CUGGGCCGACAAGAUGGCGGCGGCGGCGCUAGGGGUAGCGAAAAGGUUACGGUUAGUAGCGGCACUGCCGAGUCUCGCUUUUACUCGUUCUGCAUUUGUUGCGAAAAAACGCAGCUAUGACCAACCUAACUGGUUUGGAGUAGCCUUGGCUUUUGGCACCAGCGCUGCCUUGUGGGGUUUUCUUAUCAAGCAGCAUGAGGAUGAUGUAAGGGAAUAUGAAAGAAGAAAAGCAGAGAGACAUCAUAAGUGUACAGAUUGUUCAUAGUUGAUGGUAUGUUCAGAAAGAAGUAAUGUGGUCACCAGUUGCCCUGCAAAGAAAUGAGUACAGCAGAAGUAUAAAGUAUCUAAAUACUUCUAUGUUCAUUCAUGUCAUGUGCAAAAUUAUGCAAUAAAUUAUGAAGUCUGG